AUGGCUCCUAGCUGCAUGGUCCACGUGGAGGAAGAGAGGGUGCUGGCGAAAGAGAAGAACAAGGUAGGCAAGGGUUUCAGCAGGCCGGUCUUGGCAGAGGUGUCAUUGCCCUAGAGCUGGUCCCCACAUGCUGCCGUCCCUCAGUGUCUUGUGUGUGCAGAUACAACGCCACAAGUUAGAACAUUUAGGAUGUCCUCGCGCUGCUUCAAUGUUCUGCUUCUGCUUCUUCCGCAACACACCCCCAAUGAAAAGGGGUUCACACAUUCAGCUGUCCAUCAUCAAGUGCAGAUCAAUCAAAGGACUGGCUUGUAUGUGGGAACUGAUGUCGGUGUGUGUGUCAGGCAGAAGGUAACACUGGCAGAAAGGAAGGCUGUAGAAAGAGGGAAGUUUGGGUUGAACACAUACAGUUAUUUUAGAAAAGGGUAGGUAGAAUAUUAGAUUGAAGGAUGAAUGGAUAGAUUAUCUGGGUGGAUCAAUGAAUGAUUAUUAAAUGGGAUGGAUGGGGUAUUAAAUUGAGCUGUUCAGUGGGUGGGUAGUUAAACAGAAUAUUAAACUGGAUGGGUCAGUGGUGGCCAAACUUUUUUGUCUUCCUGGACCACUUGCAAGUUGCUGAGGGUCUCGACAGGCCGCUUAGUAAGUUUUCUGCCUGUAGUGGCAGCUGUAAUGCACUGUACUAAAUUAAAAAUGAAUUUUAAUGCUUCUUUUAUUUCCCUAUGUUGCAUUGGAUGACAAUUUGCAUUCCGUGGAAUUCAGACUGUGCUGCUAUUUAAUACAUUAUAAGAAACAAAAGAAGCAAUGAAAUUUAAAAUCACUAGGAAUAUUUAAUGUGGACCUGCAGUGAAUCACCUAAAUGAUGCUUGGAGACCAUUAGUGGUCCAUUCACCAGUUUGGUCCAUCAGUGGUCCAUUUACCAGUUUGGGAACCCCUAGUUUAGAUAGAUUAGAUAAAUCUCGUCUAUAAAGCUAGGUAUCUAUCUAUUACCAUCAAAUGUGUUUUAAGAUGUGCUAGAUUAGAAAUGGGGGGGGGGGAGAGAGAGAGAGAGAGAGACUGGACCUAGGAGAUCAAUUACCCCCCUAAUGCAAAGGUGGAAAUUCUGCUAUUCUGAAAUCAAAUGACAGGCACUGGAAAAUUCUGCAUGGCCAGCAGCCCCUGAAUGCUGUUGCGUAGGUUUUAUUUAUUGACUUUGUGAAACUUAAAGGCCUUUUUCAUUCUUUCUCCUUUGCAGCUGAGGAAGCCAGUGGUCGAGAAAAUGCGCCGCGAUCGGAUUAACAGCAGCAUUGAGCAGCUGAAGGUCCUUCUCGAGAAAGAAUUCCAGAGGCAUCAGCCCAACUCCAAGCUGGAGAAAGCAGACAUCUUGGAAGUGGCUGUCAGUUACUUGAAGCAGCAGCAGCAUCAAAUUCAGGCUCCUGGUGAGUGUGGGAUUUCCAUCCUUAGGUACCCAAGCCUUGUCAGGCAAACACAGGGAAAAUGUAGAUAUAUUCUUUGAUCUGGGAAAUCUAGCUAGGAAACAAAUGAGCCCACAACCCACGGCAGGUUCUGGCUUUCCACAACUCUCACUGCCGUGGGUUGUGGGCUCAUUUGUUUCCUAGCUAGAUUUCCCAGAUCAAAGUCCAGAGGACAGUUUGCACAACACAUUUUUAAGUGUAAAAAUGCGGCACAGGGAAAAUGUAGAUAUAUUCUUCAGGGAGGGACGAUUGGUUGACCUGUGGCAGGUGCAUGCGUUAUAUGCCCGAAGGUCCCUCAGGAUGGUGUGGUAGUGCAGAGUGUUGGAUUUAGACUAGGGUUGGAGAACCUGUGGUCUUCCAGAAGUUGUUGGACUACAACUCCCAUCAUCCUUGACCAUUGUCCAUGCUAACUGGGUCUUAAGUAGUCCAACGACACCUCGAAAGCCACAGGUACCCCUACCCCUGGCCUAAAUCCAACUAUCUGAACUACUGCUCUAUACUGAGAGCUUGCCCCGGUGAAUCCUGGGAACCACAGCUUGUUAAGGGUGCCGGGAAUUAUAGCUUGGUGAGGGGCAAACUGCAGCUAGCAGCUAGCAAUGCACAUUCAAUGUAUGACUAGUCAAAGAAGGAGCCAUAACCUAAGUUGUGCUCACAUCUGUGCAUCUGAUAUAAUAAUUAAAAAUAUAUUAUUUCAUCUCUCUAGCACUGAGCCAAAAGAAUCCAGAGCUUGAUUUCAACACCGGCUACCUGCGUUGCUUGAAGGAAGCGCUGCAUUUCCUCUCCUUCUGCGAGCCCAAGAGAGAAACGCAAGCCCGGCUGAUUAAGCACUUCUGCAAAGUCCACGUGAUCGCCGACAGGGUGCAGCCAGGCACGCCCGCCAUGGGUUGCCUGCCACCAUCUCCUCGUGCCCCACCCAAGAAACAAGCUGCCAACAAGAAGCCCCCAGCACCUGCUACGGUGCUCUGGAGACCGUGGUAG